AACAACCGCUACCUCACAAACCACGUCUCAAUAACAUGUCUGACAGCCCAGGCGACUUCCUCAACAGCGUUGAAGGGGAGAUUGUUUUCUUCCGAUCCGUAAUGAAGGCUCGGCCCGUUGGCCUCCACAAGCAUUUUCACGUAUUAGCCAUUCGCAAUGCAAUACAUAAUGAAACUGGUCGUGUACUACCCGUCGAGAGUAUUUGGGCAAAGUUGAAAGUGUGUUAUGAUCUUGAUGCACUAGAGACAGCGGAAAUUGAUGGUUUCGACACGCCAACCUCGAGCCAGAAUUCAACACCACACCUCGUACGAUCCCCUUCACCUUCCCAGAAUCUCUCACAACAUCCUUUCUUUCGAGAUGAAUAUUCUCUUCCUAAUGAUGAUGCUUUCAAUAAUAUCAUCUCAGAGCGUCGGCUACGUGCAACGGCCUCCCUUCCAUCAUCAACGCCUGCACCAUCCCCGCGCCAGCCCAGUAAACCGAAAAAGACCAAGACCACGAAACGUAGUAAAAGCAAGGCGGAUAUGGCUGGUCUAGUAGGAGGCGAUAGCGACAGCAGUGCCCUCACGCAGGAGAGUGGAGACGAGGGCGCUGGGAUCACCCCUAGCGUCAUCACAGGCACGGACGCAGGCACGGACUAUGAAGAGGACAACCCGGACGUGCAAGAAACAUCACCUGGUCAAUCAAAAGUGGGACGAGGGCGUGUCAAGCAGCUUGCUCGAGGAGGGGCGGUGGGACGAGCCAGGGCAGGGUCAGCGAGCAAUGCCCGGGGAAGCAAGAAACGAAAGAAGUAGAAUUUCAUGUUCAUUAUCAUAUUUGCUUUUCAUGCCUCUACCCGUCUGCUCUAACGAUGACAGGCAUACCCUUACCAGAGGUGCAAUGUUGUAUUCAAUAUUGUAAGUGCUGUUGCCAAUACUAACGCC